AUGGCUCGUGCUCUGAAUAAAGUGCACAAGCAAAUCUCCAAAAAGAGAGGCGGGAAAACCAACACUCUUCACGAAAACAGUCGAGAUGCGAAAAGGCUACGGUCAGCGGGUGCAAGGGAAGAAAAAUUACAACGUGUAAUGGAUGCCGCUGUGAAAUCGAACCAAGUCUACGUCGACAGAGUCGCUUGGUUCAAAUCAGCCUUAGAGGGCUCGGUUGGCGCUCUAAGUGAAGAGGAAAUGCAUCUGCUGACACAAAGCUACAUCGACCGUGACGAUGAACAGCUAGAAGAAGCCCAACAGCAACGGCGACCUGGUCGGCCACCCAGCAAGCUAGAGGAACAAAUCAAACAGAGGAAGGAGGCUGAGGAACGUGAGUUCCGAGGUGGCUUCUGGGUCCCUGAUCUACGAAAUGAAGCAAGCCGAUCCAAAGUGGAAAAAUGGGGAGGAGAUUGGAGUGGUUUGAAUACGCUUACUUUCGUGCGUGUGGUAAAGUCAGGCGAGGUCAAACCAUCAAGCUUCCCACCAAAAGGGCUCUCUUGAAACAUGCACGGCUCUUUUCUAACGUCAAACAAACAUACGGCUGUGUACAUGAUUGACUGGACCCCAUCAAUCAAGUUCCCGCAACGAAACCCUCGGACUUUGAAACCCUGGAGAUCUUGUUCAGACAGCAUGGGACAUCAAGCAAAUGCAUGUUGUUGGCGAGGAAGUGGAAUAUUCAACUCAUCGGUCAAGACCGGAAGACUGAUCUUAUAACGGUUCUGAAUAUUCCGAUUGUGCCUGACGGGCAUAUCAUCAGUUAACUUGGAGGACCCGAUACGCAGGCCAAAACUCGUCGGAAGGUUAUCCCCCUGUAUGGAACAGACCGUUGUGGCCUACCAAGAGAUGGACAAGGCUCUGUUAAUGAGCUGGCGGCUUCGAGUUUCGUCUGCCACACUGGUAGGAAACAAGAUCAGACGGGACCUAUUGCCCAUGUGGACAUGUUAGGUAUCGGCAAGAGCAGCUGCGGAAGAGGUGUCCAUAUCAUAGAUGAUUGAGG